GGACGGCGUUUACACCCGGUGUUGCAAUCAACUGUGGCAAUAGGCGGUAAAAUCGACGGACCAACACUACCGACUCUCGCGUCGCUUCAGCUGUCAAACCGAUUAAACUGUACAUUCUGGUUUGUGUGCGGCGGAGGUUUCGGGCUCGGUUUCGGGAUCGAGUGCAGUUGCAUUUUAGUGCAUUUUGCUGUUGCUGUUGGUGUUGGACGUGGUGGUUGCUGGCUGCUGCUGUUGGUGCUUUUAUUGGGCCGGUGCGGUCGGCAAGAUUCAACGACCUUUUGCGGAUUGAUGACCUGCGGUUUUCGUGGAGACGAUUUGUUUUCGUCCAAGGAGCUGCUUUGAUCGUGCCACUGAGGGGUAAAGUGUUGCUGUUGUUGUUGCGUCGGGUUUUUGACCUUGCCCGUGGUGAUUUUGCUGUUGCUGUGCUGCUAGGUGCUACCGACGAGUGCAUCGGAUUUUGUUGCAGUUUUCCGAACCUGCAUUUUGGCUUGCUGUGCUGUGCUUGGCCGUCGGUGUUUUUAGCGGUGAACUUUUGGUUGUUCAUUGCGGUGUUAGCAGGUAUGUGAUUUUGUUUUUAUUUAUUUUUAUCAGUGCUUUAGUGACUUUUAAUCGUCGUGACAAUUCAGAUAAAUUUAUUGUUUUUUUUUUGUGAUUUUCAUCCUUUUUGACUGCUAGGAUGUCUUUGACUACGACUACUGAGCCUUAUGUGCCAGGUACGAUCCCUUUUUCCCAGUAUUUGGAGCAGCUUGAGUUUUUAUUUGAGCACAAUAACUACUCUGCUGACAGGUAUAAGGUAUCCUUUUUAGCCGUUUGCGGCACAGAGGUAUACAACCAAGUCAAGCUUUUGUUCCCGGGUCAGAAUGUUAGGGACUUGACCUACAAGCAGAUAACAGAUGAACUUAAGAAGAGAUACGACAAGAAAGAUAAUGACGUGAUUCAUACAUAUAAAUUUUGGACCCGUAGACAGGGACAGCACGAGAAAUCUGAGGAUUUUGUGCUGGCUGUGAAGCAAUUAGCUGAGCUGUGUGGUUUUGGGGAUUUUAAGGAUCGUGCCAUUCGUGAUGCACUUGUGAUAGGCACGUAUGAUCGGCAGUUACAGAAAAGGUUAUUUGACGAAGACGAUCUGACAGCUGCUAAGGCAGAAAAACUGAUCGUUAAUCAGGAGCUGUCGACCGACAGAACUCGUUUUGUGAACCGUGAUGAUGAUAAGAGGGUCAGUGUCGUAGCCAGAUUGGGCAGGCGUCCAGAUCGUGGUCCAGCCAGGCAAUCUUUUCGUAGCAGGAGUGGAAGCUUUGAUCGAAAUCGACCUUAUUACGAUCGAAGCAGGAGCGGAAGCAGAAGAUAUGAAGACGAUGACCCUGACAAAGUUUUCAGGUGUUCCUUUUGCCACAAGCCGGGACACACUAAGAAAUUUUGCUUUAGGUUGAAAAGAAAGAGCCCGAAGAAAAGUCCUAGGAAAACCAAGCCAUUUGUAAAGUUUAUUGGUUCACCGAAACCUUCAACCUCCCAUACUUCGGGACUUUUUAAGCGGUUGAAAAAGGACUUGGCUUCCGAUUCCGAAGAUGAGGAUUCUCCUUGCAUGAUGAUCAACACUAGGAAUAAGGUAAAUGAACCAUGCUACGUAGAAGCAUUGGUUCAGAAAACACGUCUGACUAUGGAAAUCGACUGCGGUUCCGCUGAAAGCGUGAUUUCCGAGACUCUAUUUUUGAGAAAUUUUAGAAAAUAUCCCAUAGAGGACAGUCGUAAAAGAUUGUAUGUUAUUGAUGGUAAUCGACUUAGUAUUUUGGGAAAAGUGAGGGUCACGGUACGCUUGAAUGGUAUUGCGGAAGAUCUUUAUCUGGUCGUGCUGCAGGGGGACAAAGACUUUGUGCCGCUCAUGGGUCGCAGCUGGCUGGACGUUUUCUACAGUGGAUGGAGAGACACCUUUUCGCGGCCAGUGGUACCAAAUCGACGCGUGAAUGCUUUGACGGAUGCUGAUGCGAGAGAAGAAGCUGUUGAGCAAGUGAAAAAUUUCACUGGGCGGCCGGAUCGUUUCGGCGCAUAGACGUCAACUGAAGAUCCCUGAAGACUCUCGCCGCCUGCCCAUUCGCCGUUUUGUUUUGAACGGAGAGAGUUCGACACAGCUUUCAGCAGAGCCAAGCAAUAGCAAUAACGCACGCAACAGCAAUAAACGAAAAAGGGGUGAAGAAUCCAUGUCUGAAGAUUCCGAUUCAGACUUUUACGGCUUUGCGGCUGACUCCUUUUUAUUUGAGGAGAUUUCCCGGUUUGAUCGGCAAUCGUUUCAGAGUUUCAAUUCUACGGAUCCUGCAACAACCUCUGAACAGCGGGCUGUCGAAGCUAAUCCUGAAGGGAAUGUGCAACCUACAUCGAGUGCUACAGUAAAUAGGCAUAGUAAGAGAAGAAACAAAAAGCGAAGAUUGCAUGAUUAUGUUUACUACUAAGAUUAUUUAGUUUUCGAUUAUUUAAAUUUGAAUUUUAAAUUGUUCUAUCGAUCAUUAGCAUGAAAUUUUGAUUUUGUGAAUUAGUAACUAAUAGUUUGCUGUCAGAAAUUAGCAAAAUAGUAAACGGAAACGAAAAUGAAUUUGAUUUUAGUACUGUAGCAUGUUUUGACCAAAGGGGAGAGGAGCUGUGGUGGCAUGCGCCACACGGUAUUACUGCCGAACCCUCAGGCAGGGUUCUCAGUAUACGCUGAGUGCACUGAGCAAGAUAGGGUCUGAGCGAUGUACAAAAUAGGAGAAUAAACCAGUUGUUAUCUUACUACGAACUUGUUCACACGUAUUUUUAUUAUCACCAAUCGAAACCUCCAACUACGGUUUACUGUACUUAGCAGCAUUGAGAAAAUGGACCC